CAAUCAUAUUUUUCUUGGGGCGGUGUGUUUGAAGUGUACACUAUAGCAGCUCGUAACUACCGUGUCUAGGCAAAGUUUAUAACUGAAACAAAAUGCUGGGAGGCAAAAUAAUAAAUGUGUCAGUGCGCGACGUGAGAUUCCCGACGUCACUAGAACAACAUGGAUCGGACGCAAUGCACACCGAUCCAGAUUACUCUGUCGCAUAUGUUGUUCUUGAGACGGACACGGAAGCUGCACUGAAGGGUUAUGGGUUGACUUUUACUGUGGGAAGAGGGACGGAAAUCGUCGUAUGCGCAGUUAAAGCCUUAUCUACUUUGGUGGUCGGAAAGACUUUGGAGGAGAUAACCGGUGACUUCAGAGGCUUCUACAGACUCCUGAGCAGUGAUGGUCAAAUGAGAUGGAUUGGACCAGAAAAAGGAGUAAUUCAACUGGCGACGGCGGCCAUUCUGAAUGCUGUCUGGGAUUUAUGGGCACGAGUGGAGGGAAAGCCCUUGUGGAAGCUGCUUGUUGACAUGGAUCCUGCGAAGUUGAUCAGCUGUAUUGAUUUCAGAUAUAUCACUGAUGCUCUGACGGAGCAGGAGGCUUUAGAUAUUUUGGUAAAAUCCAAAACGGGGCAGAAAACUAGAGAGGAGCAGAUGUUAAGGGAAGGCUAUCCUGCCUACACCACUUCCUGUGCCUGGCUGGGCUACACUGAUCAGCAACUUACCCAGCUCUGCUCUGAUGCUCUUGCCCAAGGAUGGACUAAAUUUAAAGUGAAGGUCGGGGCUAAUUUGCAGGAUGACAUUCAUAGAUGCAGCCUCAUCCGAAAGUUGAUUGGACCAGACAAAACCCUGAUGAUUGAUGCCAAUCAACGGUGGGAUGUUAAUGAAGCGGUUACUUGGGUAACCAAGCUGGCAGAGUUUCACCCUCUAUGGAUUGAGGAGCCCACAUCUCCUGAUGAUAUUCUAGGUCAUGCAUCCAUCUCUAAGGCACUUGCGCCCUUUGGUAUUGGAGUGGCCACUGGAGAACAGUGCCAUAACAGAGUGAUGUUCAAGCAGUUUCUUCAGGCCUCGGCUCUACAGUUUGUUCAGAUUGACAGCUGUAGGGUUGGCAGUGUGAAUGAAAAUCUUGCCAUCAUACUCAUGGCUGCUAAGUUUAAUGUUCCCGUGUGUCCUCAUGCUGGCGGUGUGGGACUGUGUGAGCUUGUUCAGCACCUCAUUCUGUUUGACUACAUUUCAGUGUCUGCUAGUUUAAGUAAUAGGAUGUGUGAGUAUGUGGAUCAUCUGCAUGAACACUUCAAAAGCCCCACCAACAUCAGAAAUGCCCACUACAUUCCACCAAUGGACCCUGGAUUCUCUUGUGAAAUGCUGGAAGAAUCAGUGAAAAAGCAUCAGUACCCCGAGGGAGAGGUUUGGAGAGCCAUUGAGAAGCAAUAAACAUGAACACAUACAUGCUACUGACUGCUGGGGAAAUGAUAAAAUGAAUACAUUCACAAUCAAACUUGAAACCCUGCCAAAUUGUCUUGAUUGGCAAACUAUGAAUGGGGAAUGAAUGUAUUCUUAAAAGUGAAAAUGAAAAUAUGAAAAAUCGGGUAGAUUUAGCAAUAUAGCGGGUGUAUGAUGUAUAUUACGAUGUUAUGAUGAACUACAUUGUAAAGAGUGAUACCACUGUGCAGCGUCUACCUCAGUAAGUUGACCGAGUGGAUCUCCGAGUUGAUGCGAGUGAGUGGGGGUGUGGCUAAUUAGCAUAUUCAUGGACCCACACAUACUAAAUGAAGCAAGGGUGUAGAGUUACAUUCAAGCUAUUUUAAGACAUGAAGAAUUUUUUUCACAGGAAAAAACAGUUAAAUAUGUCAUUUUGGUGAUCAAAGAUUAGUUUUAGGGGAUAAAAUUAUUGAUUACAGGGGGGGUCUUUAAUUAUUUUACUGUUAUCUAUCCUAUUUUAAUGUUUUUAAAGGUUAUAUGCUUAUGUUGCACUCUGAAAUGUUGAAAUGUACUGUGCAGCAAUAGAAAAAAUGGAACCAGUAUGCUGAAACCAUUGUUUACUAGCCUAGACUUGGGAAUUGACUAACAAUGGGGUACUUGGUAGAGUGGUGAGUGUAACCAAUCAAAUGAAAGAAAACUUGUAAGGGGCCAUUCACACAGAACGGGUUCUUACAGUUAAAAAUGCGUUGAAAAGUUGAACUUAUUGUAACUUGAGUGCCACAUACACGAGACUCUGCAAAAGACACAACGAUUAAAGAUGUCCGUCUACAUAGAAAACAAUGGAAAAGUUUCAAAGUGGAAUGGAAAAACGCAUUCUAUGUGAACCGGCCCUAACAUUGCUAUUUUAUGCAUUUCUUAACAUAUGUUUGUAGUUUUUUGUCAUAGAGUCGCUCUGCUUUUUCUGAAGCGACUCCCUGCCAGCCACUAAUAAACAUUCAUGCAAAGAGAAA